GGAUCCUGUUGGAAGGGGCGUGGCUCUGUUGGCUGGGGGCGGGGCGGACUCCGGAUUAGCACGCCAUCCCUAAACUAGUCUGUGUGGGGGCGGCUUUUGGAGGAAGCCGGAAGCAGCGACGCCUCAGGUCCAGGGACAUGGCGGGCGUUAAAGCUCUGGUGGCACUGUCCUUCAGUGGGGCUAUUGGGCUGACUUUUCUUAUGUUGGGAUGUGCCUUGGAAGACUAUGGUGUUUACUGGCCUCUGUUCGUCUUGAUCUUCUACGUCAUCUCCCCCAUCCCCUACUUCAUCGCCAAAAGGGUCACCUAUGACUCCGAUGCGACCAGCAGCGCCUGUCGGGAACUGGCAUACUUCUUCACUACUGGGAUUGUUGUUUCUGCCUUUGGGUUUCCUGUUAUUCUUGCUCGCGUGUCUGUGAUCAAGUGGGGAGCCUGUGGCCUUGUGCUGGCUGGCAAUGCUGUCAUUUUUCUCACAAUUCAAGGCUUUUUCCUCGUCUUUGGAAGAGGAGAUGACUUCAGUUGGGAACAGUGGUAACCUUUACUCUUGACGGAAAGCAUUGCGUUUCUUAGAAUUUGUACUGUACUCAUAAGUGUGCACGUGUGGUGGUUUCUUACAGAUUUUAAUACGCUGAGUUUUUUUUUAUACCUUUAUAUCAUGAUCAUCUUAGGGAAGACGUUGUAAACAAAAGAUGAGUUUUAUUCCUAGCAAAUCGAUCACUCCAUUGACUCAGAUUUUACUUGGGAUAUGCUUGGGUUACCAGAGACCCUGGGACAGAUCUGUUACAGCCCAGGCAGAGUUGGCGUUCUCUCUAUACACUGUAGCCUCUUCUCAGAGCGUGCCUCAUCCACACAAAGCAUCAGCAUCUACUAGGCACUUAUCGGAGAUGCGGGGUUCGAAGCCCCCAUUAGAUCAAAUGCAUUUAAUGGGAGUUCACGUUUGUCUCAUGCAUGUUGAAGUUUGAGAAGGCUUUGUUGUAGACGGAUAAGCAUCAUGUCUGCUCUCUUGUCUUCUCUGUGACACAACCACUUAACCUCUCUGGGUAUUCCAUGUUCAUUUGUAAAAGACAAAACAAAACAAACAAACAAACAAAACCCCUGCUCCAUGUUAAGAAUAGGUUCAGACUCUUGAUGUUUCUAAAGUGUUUAAACCUAUAAUAUUUGUGAUGUUCCUCAAAUGUUGGGGUAGCUGGGUAGGAUGUGGUAGAGCAUACCCCUUUAAUCCCAGUACUCAGGAGGCAGAGCCAGGUGGAUCUCUGUUAGUUUGAGGCCAGCCUGGUCUACAGAGUGAGUUCCAGGACAGCCAAGGUUAUACAGAGAAACCCUAUCUGGAAAAACCAAAAGCCAAACCAAACCAAACCAAACCAAACCAACCAACCAAACAAACAAACAAAAAAAAAACCCAAAACACAAAAAACCAAAACAACAAAGAAAACAAACAACAACAAAUUGGGGAGCCCUGUUCUUAGGAGGGAUGGAUUAAUCCUCACAUCAUUUAAAGGGCAACAACUGUUUGGCAAGAGUAAGUCACAAGAUAACCCCAAAGCCCCUCUGGGUGCAUGGAAGGAGGCUGGAGUGGGACCCAUCCCUGCUUUAAGCAGAGGGACAGACAGACAAUUCUUUGAAAAUCCCCUUAAAACCUUGUACCUGUCCCUUUCUGCUGUCUCCACUCCCAGCAUUCCCAUUUGCACUUGUUGGCUCUGACCUCUCCUGGAGGUGUAUGGGCGGCAAGAGCAAGCAGGGGGUGAGGGCUUCUUGGGGUUUACACGCUGGCACACUUUCUGUCCUUUGUAUUGAACUUGAGGUCACCUCUACAGGAAACAUGGGGAUCCAUGUCACGUUGGCUCUAACAAACAGUUUUUCUAGCUAACCCUUUUUAUCCACUACCUAUCAGGAGAAGGGAGUAAGAACAGCCACCUCAUCAGGAUGUUGCCGGCGGCGGCGGUGGUUAAGCAUUAAUGUUGGAAGCUGGUGAGGGUCCAGGGCUACCCUCUGUGAAGCCUGUGGUCUGAGGGACCAGCAGACCCUGCCAAGGCAGGACUGACACUGAGACUGGCUGAUGAACGGACAGUGGACAGCGUGCAAUGUUACUUUUUGGCCUUGUGCAUGAUACUACGUUUUCAAUAUUUUGUGUACAUAUAGAAUUGUUGUCAUUUCUAGUAUUUACAUUUAAAAAGUUAUUUAGAUACUUGAUCAUUGUAACCAGCAUUUUUAAUCAUGGCACUUGCUAUUGUAAUAAAUUUGACUUUAAACCCCAAA